UCCGCUCCCGCCGCGCCUCCUCGCUGGCCGCCCUGCCUCCCUCCGGGUGCCGGCUGCUCCGAGUCGCACACCUGCGGCUGCCCGGCAGCGACAUGACAGAUCAGGCCUUUGUGACGCUGACCACAAACGAUGCCUACGCCAAAGGAGCCCUAGUCCUGGGCUCGUCUCUGAAACAGCACAGGACCACCAGGAGGCUGGCCGUGCUCAUCACUCCACAGGUCUCGGACUCCAUGAGAAAAGUGUUAGAGACAGUCUUUGAUGAGGUCAUCCCGGUAGACGUCCUGGACAGUGGCGAUUCUGCUCACCUAACCUUGAUAAAGAGGCCCGAGCUGGGUGUCACGUUAACGAAACUACACUGCUGGUCGCUGACACAGUAUUCAAAAUGUGUGUUCAUGGACGCAGAUACUCUGGUCCUAGCAAACAUCGAUGACCUUUUUGAGCGAGAAGAAUUUUCAGCAGCGCCAGACCCAGGGUGGCCUGACUGCUUCAAUUCCGGCGUCUUCGUUUAUCAGCCCUCAGUCGAGACAUACAAUCAGCUGUUACAGUUUGCUUCCGAGAAAGGUAGUUUUGAUGGUGGGGACCAGGGUUUACUGAACACGUUUUUUAGCAACUGGGCCACAACAGAUAUCAGAAAGCACCUGCCGUUUAUUUAUAAUCUCAGCAGCAUUUCUAUAUACUCCUACCUCCCAGCAUUCAAAGAGUUCGGUGCAAAUGCCAAAGUUGUGCAUUUCCUGGGACAAAUCAAACCGUGGAAUUAUACUUACGAUCCCAAAACAAAAAGUGUGAAAAGUGAUGUCCAUGACCCUACCACGAUGCAUCCAGAGUUUCUCAACGUCUGGUGGGACAUCUUCACCACCAGCAUUUUACCUCUGCUUCAACAAAGUGGCCUUGUCAAAGACACCGUCUCCUACCUGAAUGUGCUUUAAGGAUUCAUAUAAGACUCCCGCCCUUUAUUAUCAUGAGGCAGCAGUAUGAACAGAUGAACCUGGGAGAAAACGCCACGUCUGCUGACAACCGAACACUCCCCUCAAGGGCGGGCACGGCUGCAGGGCAGCAACUCAAUCAUUAUUCACAGCUCUCGGUAUUAUUGGCUCUUUUUAUUCAGGGGAAAAAAAAAAAAAUGUUGCCAUGAGUCAGUUCUGACUGAAGUACCACACAAAUGAGGUAUCAAACAGCAGAAUGUAGAGCUUGUAAGGAGGUAAUACUGCAAACAUACCUACAUACUUAAUGAUGAAUUAGGCGGAGAAAGCUGUUAUUCUCUCCUGUAUUAUACCAUUUGUAGAUAUUUUAAAGUUAACGUAGCUAAAAACUUAAAGGAUAAACAUUUGAGUUCUUGUUAAUGAGACAGAAUUUGCCCACGUGUUUUUAAUGUCUGUCAUCCAAAAUCUAAUAAAUAAAACUUUGGCAAGUACGGUAAAUAAAAUGAGGAACAAAACAUACACUAAUGUCCUUGACAUCCCCCAAGAGAAAACAUACACCUGAGGAUAAUUUCAUUGGUACUCACUGGUAAUAAACUGCUUAGGAGUAUUUUCUUGGUUGACUAUUUCCCAUCCAAGAGCUGUAAUUAGAAAUCUACAAUGAUCCCGAGUGUCACCUGUUAAUACCACUAUAUGUAGAAAUCAUCAGAACUCCUUUAUUGCAGAUGAGGAAAUAAAAACCUGAGCCAAGAUUUUUGAAGUUUUGAAGAUCAAGGCAUUUAAAAUAAACUUUAAAAAUUUAUAUACUCUAAUUUCUGACCAAGAAAUCCAGUCGCAGUUAAAUUGAGCAAAACGAAAAAAGGUGGUGGGAUUACGAGUAAAUUAUUCAGUUAAUCACAGUACUUUUUUCAGUAAUUAUGCAAAAUAGACAUCUUCACAGAAGUAUAUUUAAUGAAAGAUUAAUUUUUUAAAAGAUGAAGUAGUCAUUAAAAUUAUGGAACCAAAUAAAAAUUUCUGAAGUCUUUAUUGAUUUUAAACUUAAAAUCCAGUUUGAACCACAAAAUUCAGUUUGAACCACAAGCGUGAAUACAGUAUUUUCAAUAUAUUUCUGAAACUAUUAUUCUACUCAAUCAUGAAACAGAAUUAACAGCAUAGCAUAAUGUGAAGUUUUCAUUCCAGUAGUUUACAUGUUUUCUUAGAAUUAAAAAACAAAAAACAAACAACAAAAAAAAACCCCACCAUUUAACAGAAGUAUACAAAAACAGAAAGGCAUUUUUUAAAUGACUUGCUGAACUUAUCGUUACAAAUGUAUUUAAAAGUAUAACUCUGCAAAUGUUUGGGUAAAGAAGUCUUUACCUUUAUAGUAAGUUUUUGAGGCUUUGCCUUUUUAAGCAAACAGUAGAUUGUAUUGUUUUAUGCUGAAAACUCUUUUUAUACUUAAUCCCACUGGAUUAUUGAUAUAUAGAAAAUUCCCAUUUCCAUGUUGUGUGAGAUCCCAAUCAACCUGAUUUCCUUCUGUCAUGCAGAUUGGGACCCAUAUGCACUAUGUUAGGUAACUAGGCCCAAAAGGUAAGGCAUUCCCCUACUGCUCCUAAUGCAAGUGGACCAACCCCAAGUUAUCAUUCCACUCUUAUAACUGCAGAGAGAUGUAUUGGUCCUUUUUCAUCAGCACCCCCUUACGAUGCUGCCAAUGUUCCCUUGGAACAAGAGACUGGGAACAGAGAGGAGAGGACUUAGCUGGUGACGGGCCUGACAUACCUUCAGUGUGUCCCACACAGCACAACACUGCCUCCAACCCCCUCUAAUUCCAGUAACAUCCCUUCUAACAGUGUAAGUAAAAUCUAAAGUGUUCUUAAGUCUGUAUCAUCGAGCACAAAGCUUCUCUUGUUACAGAAAGUAAUCUUUCUUUGGAUUAAAAAAAAAAAAAAAGUUUCCCUUAAGGAAACACCACC